AUGCCUGCACCCUUUCAGUUAGGAGUUGGGAAUGGCAAGGGGACAGCGAUGCCCGGAUUUGCUUUCAGCCAGCCCGGACUUCAUUCUGCUUUUUUGAGCAUCUCUCAUACGCCAUCUGCUGCCAAGUGCUCCAGGCGGCGAACAGCACUAUGCAUGAAGACGUCAUUACAGGCUGCCCGCGAACAAGUCAUGAAAGUCCUUGCUAUAGAUUUAGCAAGACAAUAUCAAGCACCACGAGAAAUGGACUUCAGUAUAUAUGAUGAUAAAGUUACGUUCGACGACCCGACGACAAAGCUGCAAGGAAAGCUAAUGUACAAGGGUAUGUUGCUGUCAAUUGGCUUGGUCAUCCUCCCUUUUUUCUUCAAGAACGAUACUGUUUUCGAGUUGAAUGAAUGUGAAUUGACUGAACACGGAGACAAGAUUCGCACAGUUUUUGCUACCAAAGGGACAACCAGGUGGGGAAGUGAGGUCGUGAUAUCGGGUGAGGAUUUCUUUUGGUUUGGGGAUAGAUCAAGCAAAAUUGUACGCCACCAGUCCACCUGGGAUCAGAGCGCGGGAGAAGUCAUGAACGCUUUGCGCGGCCAAACUUGAUGAAAAUUUCAGUCUAUUGUCUCACGAAAAUGACUGCUUCUUGCUGUGGGAUUCUUGGAAAGGAACAGAUUCAAGAUUGGCGUAUGCACUGCGUCUAUAGAAAACAUGCUUUUGAAAGAUGCCCCCUACAGAUACAGGCCCUCAAAAAGCUUGACUACCUGCAUCUCAUUGUUUUCUACGGGCAAUCUGCCGACCGUUUGCAGUUUUGCGUUACAUGUCUUUAUUGACGUCGACUGUACUUCUGUACUGUGGCUGCUAGUCAACUUAAUGCUGCGUGUCUUAUUCCAUACAAUCAUUUGUGGCUGCUCCUUUGCUUGGUCAUAGAAAAAGAGCCCCCGCCUUUCAGGUGUGGUCUGUGCAACUCGCCGUGCUUUCUACAACUAUACUAUUUGACGAAAAUUUGCCAUGACAUGAGGUUCAGUCGGGGCAAAAGUUCGAACUGCAUCGGAAUGGCUUGUACCAAGUUCGGUGAUUUGCCAAACACGUUUGUGACAGGGCCUUCCUUAAUUCCACACCUUACAGUUCAGUCCAUGUGAGUGAUCAGACAUUAAAACUGAGCCUUUUGGUGAUG